GUUAGGUGUUACUGUGAGUCACAGCACCACAGUAAACAUGGCGCACCUCUUUAAGGUUGACCGUGUCCGUCUCUUGUGCUCCUGUGGGGUCCUCAAACCAAUCACUGCUAUAUAUUUCUGUCGCCACUGCCUCAAGCUGAGAUGCGGGAACUGUGUUUCUCACGAGGUGGACACACUUUUUUGCCCCAAUUGCUUGGAGAAUAUGCCUUCUACCGAGGCCCGUCUGAAGAAAAACAGGUGUGCCAAUUGUUUCGAUUGCCCAAGCUGCAGUCACACCUUAUCAACCAGAGCAACAAGUAUCCAAGCUCCAUCUCCAGAUGACCCAGCCAAAACUGUAGCCAGAAAAGUGUAUUAUUUGGCUUGCACUAGCUGCAGAUGGACUUCCAGAGAUGUUGGUCUUAAAGAUCAGACAGUUGCAACAGGAGGCUGGGCUGAACAAGAUAAUGAACAUUAUAAGUUUCUUCAAUCUCUGUUAGAGCAUUAUCGAUCAGUUGCUCAACAAGAGAAGCUUGAUCGCGAAAGGAAAAGAUUCUCUCAUCGCAAAUCAGCUUAUCUGAGUCUUACAGACAAGUACAGCCUUCCCUCUUUACUAGGACGGAAAUCUCUGACACCACUCUCACCAUAUUCACCAAAGGGGGAUUCUGGCCAGGCCUCAGAAAUGACCCCUUCAGAAGCUGUUUCUGAAGUAUCUGGUCUUCCUGAUAAUAUAUUUACUGAUGAACUUGUUUUGUCUUCAGUAACAAACAUGGUGCAGCGCAUGGCAUCCCCUGAGUGGCAGCCAGAAAUGACAAGUGAUUUGUACCCACUUCACAAACACAUUCUUGUGAAGCGAUCUCUCCGUUGCCGCCACUGUGAGCACAACCUGUCUAAGCCAGAGUAUAAUCCCUCCUCUAUUAAGUUCAAGAUUCAGCUGGGAGCAUUUUACCAUGUGCCAGAGGUAAGGAUGGUUCAUCAGAUGGAUUUGAAGUCAGAUGUGGAGACUUGUGUACAAAUCUCCCUUUGCAAUCCUACACCUCAUGAUAUGACUUUAGCACUCCUUCCAUUUGUUCCUGAGGCUUAUGCACCACUUCAACACAAAGUUGAGUUGCCAGCAGAUGGUGGGAGUCUGAACACUAGCAGCCUGGUGCGAGUAGUUGACAUACCACCAGAGAAGACUGACCUAGUCCCCACGGCUGAUAUUGCACUUCCACAAGGUCAACUUGUCUUGGCUGCUCGGGAUGACACUGCAGAAUAUGAUGACCAGGACUCCAGCUCAAAUUAUAAGGAUGAUCCUCAUGUAGUGGCAUGGCGCCGAGCAAAUAAAGUUGGUGUUAAUCUUCUAGUGACGCCCAAACCAGAUGUUGAGCGAGCUAAGGUGGGUUUUGUGCUGCGCUAUGACUACACAAACACCGUUGCUACUGCUACUGAGUCAAGGACAGUUACUCUUAAUAUUCCUGUUAUGGUUGAUGUUGGACCUGUCUCUAGCCAAUGAACUUCAAGGAAAUAAUUUCCCAAAAAGUGGUUUUAUUGUUGCAGUUAAUUCCAUAAAUGUUAAGCAAUUAUCAAGAUCCAAGUAUUAAUGCACUUUAUUGGUUUAGAAGUGCACACUCAUUGCUAUACAAUACAGGUAUUUUAAUAUUAGUUUUCAUUGCUUACGUUGCAUUAUGUCAGAUUUAGUGUCUCGGCUUUUCUUUAUCAACUACAUUUUUUGGUUAUUUGAAUAUUGAAGGAAAAGGCUUGUACAAUGUACAUGUAUCUAUGUACAUUAAUAAGUCAUGCAGUAACACUUUCAAAAAAUUUCUUAAUCGUAUAAUCUCAGUUUGUUGCUAAAAAGUGACUUCAUGCAAUUCCGAAACUCUUUAGGAAUGCUCUAUAUGUAUUUUUAUCUGUUAGGCAAAAGGACUCUGGCAGCUAAUGAGAGAGUUAUUACAUCUCCAUAAUAAAUUUUUCAUUAGUUACUCUUGUCCUUGUAGCUAAUGUGUUGUCAAUAAUUUUAAUCAUAAUUUAUAUCUACAUAUUGCUUAUGCAGUGUACUCAUAACAACAUAAAUGGUGUUUUGUCAGUUGCUAAUACUCUAGAAAAGAUGAAAUAAGAUACAAGCUGUUUUGGCCCCUCGUUACUGCUCUUUUAGUGCCUCAUUAUGGAGGUAUUAAAAAUUUUGCUUGAUAUAGCAAACAUACUAUGCUUGAAAAGGAUUGGUUCUAUAUACGUAUUAGUAAAAAUGAUUAAAGUAUUGCAGUAGUAACUUUAGUCUUUAGAUAUUUAUUGUAAUCUUUGCUUUCAUGUUUAGCAUGCAGUACUUCAGAUAAAUAAUAAAUAUUUUAUUUUCCAAGAAA